AUGGAGACGAUCAAGUGCGUUCUUGUGGGGGAUCCAUCAGUGGGGAAGAGCUGGCUGAUAAGCACCUACAUAACGGGCAGGAAUCCUGAGGGCUACAUCCCAACACUCUUCAACAACUACAGCAAGGUCGUUAACAUGGGGGACAAAAAGUACAAUAUGACGCUAUGGGAUACAGCCGGGAGCGAGGAGUAUAAUAAGUUAAGGAACUUGUCGUUCCAAGAAACGGAUGUUUUUUUGGUGUGCUAUGCAGUUAACAACAUUCUUUCGUUCCAUAACACGAGGAGAUGGGUAGAAGAGCUUGCAAGGUACAACGUCCCCAUGAUCCUGUGCGGGACUAAAUGCGAUAUAAUUGAUGGAAAUAUUGUAGACAAAGAGCUGCCUGUACAACUAAGCAAGGAAUACGGGCUUUAUGGAUCCAUGGAAUGCUCCUCGGUAGAACUUAUAAACGUAAAAAAGGUCUUCGACAUAGCUCUCGAAGCAGCUCUGAAACCUCGGAAAAGUAAGUUUAGAUCGAUCUGGUUCUGCUGCAAGUGUGGAUAG